GAAGGUCUCGUUGGAUGAAUACGUUGACGGAGAAGGCCCCUCUCUCUUGGAAAACUUGCUUCGUCAUUGGGACGAUCGUCUCCAAAAGUUCCUCGCUGCUGAUGAUCAGGUGAUGUGUGGUCUGGCGUCCGAUAUCAAGGAUGCAGAUCCGGCUGUUGACGAUCACGUUCAGGCUUUUUUUAAAGCCAAAGUCCUUAUUACUGGGUAUCGACGAGAGGUUGAAGCCAUUAAUCGGCAGACCAUGGUUAAUCCGAAUGUUGCAGCUCCCCUCCCGGAUGGUAGACACCCCGUUCUUCCCCGGUUGGAUGCUAAGAAACCUCCACUGUUGGAAGAGGAUAUCACUCAUAAGACAUUUGUCAGGUGGCGACCGUUACGGAAUAAUUAUUCCCAAUUAACUUACCUUGAGCAUUGGGAGCAAGCCAUUCAGGUUGGAUUUUUAUGGGAAUGUUGUAGCCCAGGAUUCCUUCGCAUCAUUCAGCAUUCCCUUGGGAUUCGUGCGGACACGGGACGAAGUGUGUUGGAGAUACUGGAUAUCAUUGAAGAUCAUCUCCGUAGUCUUCGCAAUGUUCACCUGGAUAUCAGGGAUCUUUUGAGCGUAACACAAAGAGAAGGUCAAGAUUACACUUCGUUUUGUAACACAAUUAGGGAAUUGGCUGAUUACGCUAAUACCUCCAAGAUAAGUGAAGAUCGCCUUUUUAUUGCCCUCUUAUUCCAGGGAAUGCGCCACGAUUCCGACAAAGCCAAAGUUAUGGAACGGAACCCAGCCACGUUUGACGAGGCCAGGAGGUACAUCUUGGAACUUGAGACGGCUUGCAGUGGGGCUAGGGCCUUCAGUGCCCCCUUGCUGACCAAAUCUGUGAAUGCCGUGGACCAUAAUGUCAAUGCUGCUAAAUCUUCAUACAAGAUGAAUGGCAGUAAAUCUGGGCAGAAGUUUGGGAAAACAAACGUAACAGACUUGUGUCCACUGUGUGGGAGUUCCAAGAAACACGUCCGCGCUGAUUGCCCGGCUCUUAAGUCUUCCUGCCAAAAGCAGUGAGAGGAGUAAGGUUAAGGCCUUAUCCCAAAAUGGAAAAGUCGUCAGUGGAUUGCACCUUAUGGUGGCAUCUUCAUUAUCACAUACUCGUAAAAACCAGAUUGAAGUAUGCGUUUCUCCUCAAGAUUCAAUGAAGUCAAUAAGACUCUGGUUUUGCGCAGACACGGGGCAGAUGUCGUUAUAAUAGGGAUGAAUCAAUUCCGGGAUUCGAAUUUAUGUCAACUCAUCUCGCUGGAAAACAAAUUGCAUGAUAUGCACGUUUCUGGUGUGGAUGGGCGUUCUAUUGACAUAUUUGGUACUUUCCAGACUGACCUUUCUCUCGAUGAGUUUCACAAGACGUCUGACGUGACCGUUGUCGUGAGCCGCGAUCUUGACAAUGCCUACAUCAGCUUGCAAGUUUGCCAGGCACUUGGUAUCGUUGGCCCUGAUUUUCCCAAUCCAAAAGUAUCAGUGGUUUGUGAACGUGUGGACACGGACACUGUCGUCGCAAAUCCGGCCUGCCCUGUUUGGCCGUUGAAGGACAGAGAAGAUUGGACUUCUUUAUUGCCUGUUCAUCCUUGCGAUGAUGAUUUCAAGUCUGUAGAGACUAAACUGACCUCUAUUUACAGAGAGGCUUUUGAUGAAACCUGUCUCAAACCCAUGAAAGGCCCUGUGGUGGGAGACCCAAUGGUGAUCAUGCUUCAAGACGGGGCAGUUCCCUUUGCCAUCAACACCGCCCGAAGUAUUCCAGUCCCUCAACAAGAACCUGUUAGAGCAUUGUUGGCGGACAUAACUGGACAUAACUGGAUUUGGUCAAAGGUUAUUGGCAAAUACCUCUGGAAAAGAAAUCGCAGUCAUUAACAACGUUUAUCACACCCUUUGGAAAAUAUUGUUUUCUUUGA